GCGUUCAGCUCCGAUCCGCUAUUUCCACGUCCUGGGCCAUCUCCGAUGAGCUCAUCAUAAAGGUGGGCGUCAGUGGGCGGGUCCAACGCAGCUCCGGUCCAAAAGUUGAAGUCUGUGCGAGAGGAGAGAAAGUUUGAGAGAGAGAGAGAGAGAGAGAGAGAGAGAGAGAGAGAGAGAGAAAGCAGCUGACCUUCUUCAGUCUCCAGUCUGUCUGUGACUGCAGCUUCAGGAGGACAAGAAAUUCCAACCAAAAUGCUGCCCAGUGCCACCCAGUGUCUGCCCUGCUGCACUCUCAUUCUCUUAGUGCUAUUAGAGCUGGCUCUAGCCCAGUACGAACACCUCGGUUACCCACCAGGCUACCCUGACCCAGAACAGGAACAGUACACUGUCCCUGAGCUGGCACCGGACACGCCCAGGAUUCAGCUCCGACUGGCGGGUGAUAAGAGGAAACACAAUGAGGGCCGCGUGGAGGUUUUCUACAACGGCGAGUGGGGCACUGUCUGCGAUGAUGACUUCACUAUCCACGCCGCUCAGGUGGUGUGCCGGGAGCUCGGCUACGUGGAAGCCAUCUCAUGGUCACCAUCCUCAAAAUAUGGGAAAGGAGAUGGACCCAUCUGGUUUGAUAAUCUCCACUGCACUGGAAAAGAAAAGACCUUGGCGCUGUGUCCCUCCAACGGGAUCGGUGUUUCAGACUGCAAACACACUGAAGACGUGGGCGUGGUGUGCAGCGACAAGAGAAUCCCGGGAUUCAAAUUUGUCAACACCCUGCCCAACCAUGUUGAGAACCUUGAUAUUCAAGUGGAGGAUGUGCGCAUUCGAGCCAUCCUGUCAUCGUACCGUAAGCGGAUCCCUGUAACAGAGGGGUAUGUGGAGGUCAAAGAUGGCGGUAAAUGGAAGCAGAUUUGUAACACGGAGUGGACGCAGCUCAGCAGCAGAGUCAUCUGUGGCAUGUUCGGCUUCCCUGGGGAGAGGAGGUACAAUGCCAGAGUCUACAAGAUGUUUGCUCGCAGGAGAAAACCCACAUACUGGGACUACUCUGUGAACUGCACUGGCAAUGAAGCCCAUUUGUCCAGCUGUAAACUGGGUCAGGCUGCAUCACUGAAGUCUAAUGGGACCUGUGGUGGAGGGUUGCCUGUGGUAGUGAGCUGCGUGCCCGGCAAAGCCUUUGCCCCAACAUCCAUGAUGGGAUUCAGGAAGGCCUUCCGACAUGAGCAGCCGUUGGUCCGUCUUCGUGGUGGGGCUAUCGUAGGCGAGGGCAGAGUGGAGGUGUUGAAAAACGGAGAGUGGGGCACCAUAUGUGAUGACAACUGGAGCCUGCUGUCUGCCACUGUAGUGUGUCGAGAACUGGGCUUUGGUACGGCCAAAGAAGCCCUGUCUGGAGGUCGCCUGGGACAAGGUAUGGGCCCGGUGCAUAUGAAUGAAGUGGAGUGCUCUGGAUUUGAGAAGUCCAUCACAGAGUGUUACUUCAACAAGGAGGCUCUUGGUUGCAGCCAUGAGGAGGAUGCAGCUGUGAGAUGUAACGUUCCUGCUAUGGGCUUCCAGGAGUCGCUGCGUCUGAGUGGAGGUCGAAACCCCUAUGAAGGCCGUGUGGAGGUGCUGGUGGAGAGGAACGGCUCUCUGGUGUGGGGGACGGUGUGCAGUGAUGGCUGGGGAACCAUGGAGGCCAUGGUGGUCUGCAGACAGCUGGGCCUGGGCUUCGCUAGCAACGCUUUCCAGGAGACGUGGUAUUGGCCGGGAGAGGUGAGUGCAGACGCCGUGGUGAUGAGUGGCAUUCGCUGCUCUGGUACUGAGAUGUCUCUGUCCCACUGCCUGCACCACGGAGCCCACCUCAGCUGCCCCAAAGGAGGCGGACGCAAUGCUGCUGGAGUCUCCUGCUCUGAGACGGCUCCAGACCUGGUGUUGAACCCUCAAGUGGUGGAGCAGACUACCUACAUGGAGGACAGGCCCAUGUUCAUGCUACAGUGUGCAUACGAGGAGAACUGCCUGUCCUCCACCUCUGCCCAGGUGCCAGCCAACUCCUACCGCCGCCUGUUGCGCUUCUCCUCUCAGAUCCACAACAACGGCCAGUCUGACUUCCGGCCCAAAGCUGGCAGACACUCGUGGGUGUGGCACGACUGUCACAGGCAUUAUCACAGCAUGGAGGUGUUCACGCUCUAUGACCUGUUCAGCCUCAAUGGAACCAAAGUGGCAGAAGGACACAAAGCAAGUUUUUGCCUGGAGGACUCAGAGUGUGAUGAAGGUAUUGAAAAGAGGUACGAAUGUGCUAACUUUGGCGAUCAGGGUAUCACAGUGGGCUGCUGGGAUACCUACAGGCAUGACAUCGACUGCCAAUGGGUCGACAUAACUGACCUCAAACCUGGAGAUUACAUCUUCCAGAUAGUAAUUAAUCCAAACUACGAAGUACCCGAGUCAGACUACUCCAAUAACAUUGUGAAAUGCAGAUGUCGAUAUGAUGGCCAUCGUGUGUGGAUGUACAGCUGCCAUAAUGGUGGUUCAUUAAGCACGGAAACAGAACAGACGUUCCCGGGCCUCCUCAACAACCAGGUGACCCACAGGUAAAGACAAAGCAGAGGCGAAGAGUCGACCAGCCAUUACCCCUCUGGCGUGAAGGCCAUCUGAAGCCCACCAACCACUGCAUAUCUCCAUCUGUGGUGGAUUCACCCUGCCAGCCCUGCCCUGGUCAAAACAUCUUUUUAUGUCCUCCCUCAUCUGUGAGCAGCAGCUUUCUUUCACUCUUCUUUUCCCCCUCAGCAGAAAGAAUAUUUGAUUCUCCAAAGAGAGGCAGCUACAGCCUUAGCAACGCUUUCAGUCUCCAUGUUUUUCAGUGACUGGUUAAAUAAACCUACUGGGUAGAAGCAGGUAUUUCACACAAAGUGCAGCGUUGGAGAAUGUCAUCAAGAAUGUGUCCUCUCUGUGCAGCACUUUAACAGAACUCUGCUGCAACACCUUGCACCCACUACACACUACAAACAGUUUGGAUGCCCAUGCCAGGCUGCCAGAAUGGAGAGGAAUCAUCAAUAACAACAGCAGAGGUCUGUGUUUGGAAAAGCCUUUUACACACUAAAGUCCACGUACACUGAGGUGACCAUUUCUUUAGCAUGUCAGUUAUUCACGUUGACAUUACACGAUUGACAUCUUCACUGAGGAGUUAUUGCAAAUCCAGCUGUGACACAAGCCUCCUCCAAAAACAAACAGCUGGUUCAUCGUAAAUUACUAAUUGCCUGUUUCGGCUUUAGGACUAAUCACCAAAUACCUCGAAGUGUCUUUUCUAAAGUAACUGGAGCAUAAAUUGGCUUUUUUAUUUUUAGAAUUUGCUCUGGAAAGUUGCUGCACUAUGAUCCUAUGUGGGCGUUAGUGUUGCAAGUGCUGGAAGAAUCUUAGUUAGUCUAGAGUCCAGCAUGCAUUUUGUCAGAGGUUUCUGAUUUCCAGUCGUGCAAAAAGAUGCAGAUAAAAUUGGGAUAUGUCUUCCCUGACUGAUUUAAACUUCAGAUUCAGGCGUCAUCCUGAUACAUUCCUCUUUACAUUUUGCUUUUGAAGCAAUACGGGACCUCAUGCUUCUUUUCUCCUCGUUCAGUUACUGUAGGAGAGAUUCUCUUUAAACCCUGAAAUGAACUCAGCAUUUAUUUUUUCUUCUCUUGUUGUUUUAGAAGUUGUGCCAAAUCAGUAUGCUCCGAUGUCUAACUGUCAUGCUGAAAUGACAGUGUGAGCAGAUUUGUUCAAGUCCAACUGAAAUUAAAUUGCAUGUUCUACAGCACGCACAUCCACUUUGUUCAUCACGUCCUGUGCUUUCUCUGGAUGGACAACCAAAACAGAGAAAUCUAUCGUAGCCUAUUGGAUAGAGUAGAGUCAGAGAUAAAAUAGAGGCAAUCUCUCGGAGCUGUGCACCAGUUAGCGGUUAGCUCACCAGGCAGUAUGGCAUGACCUGCUAGCAUUUAAAUUGUAGAUAAUUGCUAAUAAUUACUUUUUGACUAGUUUGAAUUCCAAUCCGACAUAUCCAUAAUGUGAUUUUGAUCAGUAUCAGUUGUGAUUAAAGAUAUCAUUUAAUUACAACAUACACCAUUAACUUCUGUUCAAACUUCAUUACAGAUUAAGCUUGUGUUAUAUGUGUUAUAAUUUCAAGAUUCAAGAUUAUAAUUAUAUAAUUAAAUGAAAGAUAUCUGUAAUGUCGACUGACUGGAUGUUAAAAACACUGCCAUCCCUCUAAACUUCUGGAUGCACACACCUUUAUACUUUACAGCAGUAACAUCAUUGUUUCUAAUUGAUGAAAGUCUGUGCAUAGCAGGGCAUAACACAGAAGACCAACUUUUAACAAUUCACAUUAAUCAGCCUUCUAGCUAUCUUCUUCUUCUGUUCUGUACAGGCAUGGAUGUCACCUUAGCUGCAUGAGCUACUAACCACCAGGGCAGUUUGCAGGUAGAGAGCUAAUGAGCUUGUCAGCUGUAGAACAUUGUACAGCGUGACACACAGCUGCUAACAGAUCGGCGUGUAAGCUGCAGUUAGCAGAGCUUUGUGUAUUCAUGUCCCCGUCAGCUCAGCUGUCAGUCAAACAUCGUACACCAGCAUGCGCACUCACAGGCUUGGAGAGUUUUUCUUCUUCUUCCUGUUAAUAAUACAAAUAUUAAGGAUAAAUUUAAACCUCAUAUAUCUAUAUGUUACUGAAGUGUGUCUUAAGUCUUCCAUGGCCAGUGGCACUCUGUCGGCUCUACAGGAGGAUCACAGGACUGUUCUGCAGUAGUAAAGGCAACUUCUAGCCGACUCCUCUCAUGGCUUGGUGCUGCCUUUACCAGGAAACAGAGGAGCUCAUCCACCCUGCUGUGGCAUAGAAAGCAUCUUCUCCUCACUGAGAGAGCACAUGGAACAACAUGUCUCCCUGUUUAGACAGUCAGAGCUGCAAAUGUGUUGUUUUUCUAUUCAGACAACACUUUUUCUUUUCUUUUUUUUUUUUUACAGUUCUAUUCCUUGUUUAAAAAAAAUACAUUACGUACAAUAAUGUGUGUGUGAAUCCUGUUUUAUUGUACUUUUUAUAAUGGUGCUAUCAAACUGGUCCUCUGUUUUUUGAGGGUACAGUACAUGUUGAACAGCUACAUUAUGUAUACUAACAGUAUACUUGAACUGAGCGUAAGAAACAAUGUGCUUUAUGUGUUAAGCUAUAAUAAAAGUCUGAGUCACGGAGCAACCCAAUCUUUGCUGCUCUCUCUUG